CCUCUCCGUCUCAUCACCGACUCACUCGUGCACUUGCGACGGAUUGAUACGAACAUCGAGAAAUGGAAGGAGGGCCAGACCAAGGAGGUGAUGUGGAGGUGAUUCAUUCGUGGUCUGCUCCCAGGUCGCUCAGCACUGGCGUCAUGUACUCCUUCGCUCAGAGGGAUGACAUGGAAGUGCUUGAUGAACCUCUUUAUGCAAAUUUCCUUCGGGCGACGGGUAUAGACAGGCCUUACCGGGAGGAUCUUUUGUCCAAAAUGGAGUCUGAUGGCAACAAAGUUGUAAAAGAUAUCAUAUUUGGUCCCAGGAGCAAGAGAUACCGUUAUUGUAAGCAUAUUGCAAAGCAACGGGUGCCUGGUAUUUCAAAUGAUCUGAUGAAGCAAGGAAAGCAUUUCAUAUUGAUUCGUCAUCCCAUGGAUGUAUUGGCAUCCUUUGGCAAGGUCGUUCCUCCAUCCUUUCUCGAGUUAGGCCUGGCAGAGUUAGUCUCCAUAUACAAUGAGCUCUGUGAGCUGGGGAAUCCCCCGGCAGUUAUUGAUGUUGCAGAUCUGCAACAGGAUCCUGAGGCUACUUUGCAUGGUCUUUGCGAAGACCUAGAUAUUCCUUUUCAAGCUGCUAUGCUCAAAUGGGAAGCUGGUCCAAAGCCUAUAGAUGGCAUAUGGGCUCCAUGGUGGUACAAGAGUGUACGCAAGUCUACAUGCUUUGAUCCACCUGAAAAGUAUCCCUCGCAAUUCCCUAUGUCCCUCUAUUACUUGCUGGAGCAAAGUUUACCCUUUUACAACCUGCUAAAACGCCAAGUGAGGCGAAGGCCAUCAGAGCCUGCCCCUGAUCUUCCAGUACCAGCUAAUGAAAAGCUACUUGCUUGGGUUGGUGAUGAGAUUUUCCCGCGUGACAGUGCAAAGGUUUCUGUCUUUGAUUCAGUAGUCCAAGGUGGUGAUUCCGUGUGGGAGGGUCUUCGAGUUUACGACGGGAAGAUUUUUAAACUUGAGGAACACUUGGAUAGGUUGUUUGACUCAGCCAAAGCUCUGGCUUUCAGCAAUGUUCCGACACGUGAACAGGUUAAGGAUGCGAUCUUCAAGACUCUUAUUAGGAACGGGAUGGUUGAUAAUGCGCACAUUCGUUUGUCUCUAACGCGUGGCAAGAAGGUUACUUCUGGCAUGAGUCCCGCAUUCAAUCUAUAUGGUUGUACGUUAAUAGUGCUCCCUGAAUGGAAACCCCCUGUGUAUGACAAUACACAUGGAAUUACCCUGGUAACAGCCACAACGCGACGCAACUCGCCCAACAACUUGGAUUCCAAGAUUCACCACAACAAUCUUCUGAAUAACAUACUUGCGAAGGUAGAAGGGAACAAUGCAAAUGCUGAUGACGCCAUCAUGCUCGACAAGGAUGGUUAUGUGUCAGAAACAAACGCUACUAACAUCUUUUUAAUAAAGAAAGGCCGUGUUUUGACACCUCAUGCUGAUUACUGCCUUCCUGGCAUUACUCGAGCAACUGUCAUGGAACUAGUGGUUAAGGAAAAUCUGAUCUUAGAGGAACGGAGAAUCAGCUUAUCAGAAUUCCACACAGCUGAUGAGGUAUGGACAACAGGCACCAUGGGAGAAAUUAGUCCAGUUGUGAAGAUUGACGGACGGAUAAUUGGUGAUGGAAAAGUAGGUCCGGUGACUCGAAGAUUACAGGGUGCGUACAAAAAUCUGAGGGGAGAAUCUGGAGUGCCUAUACCAACUUCCAACAAGUUGUAAUUGUCCUGUUAUAGAAAGAUAUUACACCAUUGCUGGAAAAACAGGUGCAAAUCAUAUCUUUCUAGAAUUAAACUGUGUUGAGUUUACUAUGAGUUGUCAACCUGACCUCUGUAAAAUGGGUCAACAAAACUUCUCUGGUUUGUGUUUAUUUCCUGCAUAUGGUGUUUGUGGCUGCGCAUGUUGAGGGAAUUGAAUGGGAGGGACCUAUGAAACUAGAUGCAGAAGGCGAUCAGGUCAUGAAGAAUGCCUACAACUACGUAAAACUGUUGAAAUGUGGAGUUUCAAGCUCUCCCACAUAAAGAUGAUGUUCAAUUAUAAUAAUGAUGUUAUGGUCAUUGUCUGUUAAAUAACAGGUAUAAAUAUCUGUAAUUGCUACAAAGCUUUUGCUCCUCUCUAUAAAAUGAAGACACCCUUCGUUGUUUUCCA